UUUCUAAUCCACAACUAUUACUCCAGCACUUGCAAUACUUUGCAAUAUGCAAUUCUCUCCUACCAGGUAGCAGACCUGAGACUUGCUUACAAAAUACUGAAAGGAGUGCAUCCUAUUUAUGCUUACCACGCAAAGUUAUUUUUGCUAAUGUUUUGAAUCACGGUCAUAUUCUUUGCCAACAUGGCGGCAGUAGACAGUUUUCACCUUUUGUAUCGCGAGGUGGCCAAGUCAUGCCAAAGUCACGUGGAAGUUUUGACUGUGAUUGGAGCCUGCUAUGUAACUUGGAAAGGUCUCCGUACCCUGUAUGAGUGUUGCAGUCUUUUCCAGUUGCAUGUCACACCUUGUCUCAUCAGGAGGACCAGCCUCACCAAGCAGUAUGGAGAGUGGGCUGUAGUAACAGGAGCCGCGGAGGGUAUAGGGAAAGCAUAUGCAGAAGAGUUGGCUCGUAAGGGACUCAAUGUCUUCCUGAUUGGUGGCAACAAAGAAAAGUUACAAGUGGUGUCACAGUCCAUUGCUAAAACUCAUAGAGUUAAAACAAGCUUUAUAGAAGCAGAUUUCAACAAGGGCAGGGAAGUUUAUCCUCCCAUUAAGGAGGCCCUUGCAAACCUCAAUAUUGGCAUCCUGGUGAAUAGUGCCGCAUAUUUGGAGUAUCCCCAGCGUGUAACUGAGGUUCUAGAAGACAAACUGUGGGAGAUCAUCAAUGUGAAUGUUGCUGCAGCUACAAUGAUGGUGCAUAUAGUAGUGCCGGGUAUGGUCCAGCGGAAAAAGGGAGCUAUUGUGAACGUGUGCUGCUGUUCCUGCUGCAGAUCAGCUAUGUACUCUGCCUCCAAGGUUUAUUUAGAUGCAUUUAGCCAGGAACUUCAGUCUGACCUCUCUCAUAAAGGCAUCUUUGUGCAGUCACUGAUACCACUUUGUGUGGCAACAAACUGUACAACUUCAAUCAAAGUUGUACAUCGUCUUCCUUUUCUUGUCCCAGCACCAGAGACCUAUGCCCGUCACGCUGUACGAACACUUGGUGUUUCGACUAGGACAACAGGAUAUUGGGUUCACUCUAUCGAGCUCCUUGCCGCACAGUGGAUUCCUAGUUGGAUGUAUCUUUUUCUUGGAAGGUUCUUGUGUUCUUCAAACCUAUAAGUACACCUUACCCACAAGGAAGACUAUGAUGUUCUUUCAAGAACCCUUUCUGUGUGGAUAUAGCUAACUGGAUAAACUCGUAUUCCUUUAACCCCUUAAGGACCAAACUUCUGGAAUAAAAGGGAAUCAUGACCUGUCACACAUGUCAUGUGUCCUUAAGGGGUUA